AGCGCGCGUCACCCUCGUGCUCGCGCCCGCGACUCGUCUGCGCAGGCUCGUAGGGGCCACGCAGUCGCCAUUGCUUCCCCAGCUGCCGAGCGAAGCCGCGUGGUAGUAGAAGUCUGUGGGAGCACAGGAAAGGCACCCACCCUGGAGCCAUGGUCUACGCCUUUCUCAUCCACACCUUGAGGGCCCCACAGGCUGAGGACACAGGCCUUUGCCGGGUACUCUACUCCUGCGUCUUUGGUGCUGAAAAUUCGCCUGAUGACCCACGAGCACAUGGUGCUGAGAGGGACAGACUCCUCCGCAAGGAGCAGAUUUUGGCCGUGGCCAGGCAGGUGGAGUCCAUGUGCCGGCUACAGCAGCAGGCGUCUGGCAGGCCCCUCACAGACCUGCUGCCCCAGUCCUCAGAUGAGCCGGUACCCCUGCACGAGGCCCCACAAGGGGCCUUCCGCCUGGCGGCAGGGGACCCUUUCCAGGAGCCUCGGACUGUGGUGUGGCUGGGUGUGCUCUCAUUAGGCUUUGUGCUGGUGCUGGAUGCCCACGAGAACCUGCUGCUGGCCGAGGGCACACUCCGGCUGCUGGCACGCCUUCUCUUCGACCACCUCCGGCUGCUGGUCCCUGGCUCCAAUCUCCUGCUGCGGGCUGACCGAAUUGAGGGCAUCCUGGCCCGCUUCCUGCCCCAUGGGCAGCUGCUCUUCCUCAAUGACCAGUUUGUCCAGGGUCUGGAGAAGGAAUUCAGUGCUGCCUAUCCCCGCUGACCCCUCACUGAAUGGGACUUUCCAAGAGGGCAAGGAGGAAGGACAAAGAUGUUUAGACACACAGCCAGGUAAAACUAGGCAUCCUCCUUCUUCCCAGCCUCCUCCCUGCUCUGAUGUGCUGCUGUACCCAGCACAAGUGGACAGGACAAGGUGGAGGGGAGGAAUCACAGAACAUUCUGUGCCUGGAGCUGCCACAUGACUUACGCAGACUGCUACAGUGAGCUUGCCCCGCUCAUUCCUGACCUCACUUUCUCCCAUUCCCAUCAGCCAGCCCCAUGGAGUCCACCAGCCCCCUAGUGCUGGGGUGGUGAGGAGCAGCUACCUGGAACUCGGCCCACCUUUUUCUUCCAAAUGAACAGUCAUCACAGGACAAAAGGAGUCUGAGACUCAGCUCCACCACAGUUCACAAAUAUAUCAGUUGUUCAAGGGGAUUCUGUAGAUCUUUUUGGGCUAGCCCAUGCCCACUGGGCAGCCUCAAAAUAAUCAUGGGCUUUUCUGUCUGCAGGGAGAGAAGGUGCCAUCAGAUGGGUGUAAUAGUUUUGGCCUGGAUGAUGUUGUCUUUCUCACUUUGAAUUAAAAGCACCAACUAUGAUGUUGUCACUGAUCCCUGUGGGUUAGGGACCCAAAAUCGUUGUUGUUCUGUUCAGUGUUGCUUGGCGCCAAUAGAACAAAACUGUUUGAUAAA